AUAUGAUGUUGAUAUUUCAGGCAGCCUUUAAACGCAGCAUAACAUCUGCCAGGACGUAGUGGGACGAUCCAGUGAAGGACAGGACCCGCCCUCCUCCUCCUCCUCCUCCUCCUCCUCCUCCUCCUGCUGCACUUGUCAAAGGCCACUGAUCGCACAAUACAUCACAGUUGUGGCCACAGACUCUGAACACACCGGGGGAACCUGGCUCCUCAAACUAAAGCGCACAGGCUGGACACUUUCUGAACUCUCUCCUCGUCAGUAGACGCCACCAUGUUGCCUUUCAAGAGAACUUUUGAGGGCGAGAAGCAGCAGCUGCAGCAGCUCAACAGCAGACUGGCUCAGUAUCUGUGCAGGACCAAGCAGCUGGAGCAGGAGAACGCGCAUCUGAUGAGCGAAAUCAACAAACUCAGGCAGGCGAAGACUGCGGGAUGGGAGCCGAGGUACAAGGCCGAGAUGCGGGACUUGAGGGGGAUGUUGGGGCAACUGUCGAUGGAGAAGUCCCAGGCGGAGAUGGAGAGAGAGAAGCUGUGGAGGGAGCUGCAGAUGAUCCAGGGUCUGUGCAGCGAGCAGACCGAGGUGUGCCGGGACAUCAGCGGCGAGCUGCAGGGCUGCGAGAAGGAGCUCCACCUCGCUCACCAGACCAACAGUGGCCUCCAGCAGCGGCUAUUCCAGCUGGAGAGCCAAUAUAAAAGCAUGGAGGAGGCGCACAGACAGGAGAUGGAGCGUCUCCGGCGUCAGGUGGACUCCCGGGUCGUGCCCAUCAUUACGCAAACUUACCGCGGACCUCCGGUGGCCUCCGUGGAGGAUGUGCAAGAGUACGCGCGGGGUCUGUCCGAGGGCUGGGUCGAGACGUUUGAUAUGUACCAGCAGAAGGUGGAGGAGAUGGAGCAGUCGAUCAGAGAGGACCAGGCGAGGCUGGGUGACCUGCAGAGGGAGAAGAUGCUGUACGCGUCAGAGUUGGACAAAUUACGCACGGAGGCUGAAAAACAGGGCCACGCUCAGCUGUGUCUGGAAGAGCAACUGAUGCACAUGCAAGAAAAAUUCCACGCGGACUUGGGUGAAUAUCAG